GGCAUGACAGGAGAGGGAACAACAUGGCGUGUUAUAGAAACUGUUUUUGUUGUCGCUGUUGCUGCAGAGAAGGAGAAACAAGGACGCCAGAGGAGCUGGCAGUUUUAGGUGAAAUCCCAGACGAGGAGGAGGAGAUUUUGCCCCGGAAAGAUUAUGAGAGCUUGGAUUAUGACCGCUGCAUCAAUGAGCCCUAUGUGGAGGUUCUGGAGGGCAUGGACAACAAGAAAUCCAGGCAGUACGAGGUGGUACGGUGGAUGAUGGUGUUUGUGAUCGGGGUCACGGUGGGUCUGGUUGGGCUGUUUGUGGAUUUCUUUGUGCAUCUCUUCACCAAAAUCAAAUUCACAGUGGUUGGUAGUUCCAUAGAGAAGUGCGCUGACAAAGGCUGUCUGUCUUUAUCCCUACUGGAACUUCUCUCAUUCAACAUGAUCUUCGUCUUCAUCGCCAGCUUGCUCGUUCUGAUUGAGCCAGUGGCUGCAGGUUCAGGAAUUCCAGAAAUCAAGAGUUACUUGAACGGAGUGAAGAUUCCUGGAAUUGUGCGGCUCCGGACUUUUAUCUGCAAAGCUGCCGGAGUCCUGUUCUCUGUGUCUGGAGGACUGUUUGUGGGGAAAGAAGGGCCGAUGAUACACAGUGGGGCCAUUGUUGGAGCUGGACUUCCUCAGUUUCAGAGCAUCAGUUUCAAGAGGAUCACAUUUGAUUUCCCAUACUUCCGCAGUGACAGAGACAAGCGAGAUUUUGUGUCAGCGGGAGCUGCUGCUGGAGUCGCUGCUGCGUUUGGAGCUCCAAUAGGUGGCACUCUUUUCAGCCUGGAGGAAGGUUCGUCUUUCUGGAACCAGGCGCUCACCUGGAAAGUGCUCUUCUGCUCCAUGUCAGCCACUUUCACGCUGAACUUCUUUCGCUCUGGGAUCAACUAUAACAAGUGGGGCUCCUUCCAGCUGCCAGGUCUGCUUAACUUUGGAGAGUUCAAGUGUCCAGAUGGAGAUAAGAACUGCCACCUGUGGACAGCUGUCGACCUGGCUUUCUUCGUGCUCAUGGGCGUGGUGGGGGGGCUUCUGGGGGCUCUUUUUAACUGCAUCAACAAGUGUCUGGCCAAGUAUCGCAUCAGACACGUCCAUCCCAAAGCCAAGUUUGUCAGAGUUCUGGAGAGUCUCCUGGUUUCUAUGGUGACAACAGUGGUGAUAUUUGCAGCUUCCAUUCUGUUGGGCGAAUGUCGCGACCUGUACUCCCCAGCAACACUCAACAGCUCGCUGGCCAGCAGUGAGGACAUUAACUCCACCAUCCGCCAGUUCUUCUGCUCCAACAAGACCUACAACGACAUGGCCACUUUGUUCUUCAACCCGCAGGAGGCGGCCAUCCAUCAGCUCUUCCACCAGGACAGUACCUUCAGCCCUGUGACUCUGUCAGUCUUCUUCCUGCUCUACUUCCUGUUGGCCUGUUGGACCUACGGUGUGUCCGUACCCAGUGGUCUCUUUGUACCGUCGCUCCUGUGCGGUGCAGCAUUUGGACGUCUAGUUGCAAACAUUUUAAAAGUGAACAUGGGACUGGACAUUUACUCUGGGACUUUUGCUCUCAUUGGAGCUGCUGCCUUCCUGGGAGGCGUGGUCAGAAUGACCAUCAGUCUCACCGUCAUCCUCAUCGAAUCCACCAAUGAAAUCACGUACGGGCUGCCCAUCAUGAUCACUCUGAUGGUUGCCAAAUGGACUGGAGAUUUCUUCAACAAGGGCAUCUAUGACAUCCACAUUCAGCUGAAAGGAGUUCCUCUGCUGGAGUGGGAGACUGAGGUUGAGAUGGACAAGCUGACAGCCAGUGACAUCAUGGAGCCCAACCUCACCUACGUGUACCCUCACACCAGAGUCCAGUCUCUGGUCAGCAUCCUGCGGACCACCGUCUACCACGCCUUCCCCGUGGUCACCGAAAACCGACAGAACGAGCGGGACUUCAUGAAGGGAAACAUCCUGAUCAGCAACAACAUCCGCUUCAAGAAGUCCAGCGUUGUGACUCGUGCGGGAGAACAGCGGCGCCGAUGCCAGUCCAUGAAGUCGUACCCGUCCAGCGAGCUGAGGAACGUCUGUGACGAGCAGAGUGCUGUGGAGGAGCCCACCGAGGAAGGGGAGGACAUGCUGCAGCAAAUGUUGGAGAGAAGGCACGUUCCCUACCCCAACCUGUACCCCGAUCAGUCCCCCAGUGACGAGUGGACCAUGGAGGAGCGCUUCAGACCGCUCACCUUCCACGGCCUCAUCCUGCGCUCACAGCUGGUCAAUCUGCUCAUCCGAGGGGUCUGCUACUCUGAGAACCAGUCGAGUGCCUCCCAGCCCAGGCUAUCCUAUGCAGAGAUGACUGAAGACUACCCCCGCUACCCAGACAUCCAUGACCUGGACCUCUCGCUGCUCAAUCCCCGCAUGAUAGUGGAUGUCACCCCAUACAUGAACACAAGCCCCUACACGGUUUCCCCCAACACUCGGAUCUCCCAGGUCUUCAACCUGUUCAGGACCAUGGGCCUGCGACACUUACCGGUGGUCAAUGCUGCUGGAGAGAUUGUGGGAAUAAUCACGCGUCAUAACCUCACCCACGAGUUCCUGGUGACCAAACUACGACAGCACUACAUCACCAUCUGACCCAGCUCGGCUUCUGCUGUGCUCAGCGGGGUUUGGAACUAUUCCACUCAAGUGUGGACCAAGCAAACAGACUUUGUGAUACUGCAGGCGGCGCUGCUCUUCUGUUCUUUUGUGUGGAGUCUCACAUUGAAGCAUCCACCUGACCGUCUGCGUUGUUAGGACGGCUGCUUUCAAUGGCUCUGCUUUCACUAACAGUGUUCUUCAUUCCUGCAGUGAUGCUACUUUGAUUUCCUGAUUCAUUUAAUUUUUUACAAAAUGUUGCAGAGACUGACGGAAGUUCCGAAGGACAGGAGUAACUUUCAAUCUCACUUUCAGGGAUUUGUUUUGGGUUUUAGGAGUCGUUUCAAUACUGCAGAGAACCGUGUGCAGCAGAGCAGCUUCUGCUGCUGUGGAAAACCGUUGUAGUGUCUAGAAUUUCAGAGUUCCCUCAUUUCAGUGAAAGUCAGUCAUAUUCUCUUAACCUCAACACGCAUGUUCUCCCCCUGACCACAAGAGUAAAGGUCCCUUCAACCCAAACAGUUUGGAUGGAUUCUAAAAUCGUCUAACAAAGGUGUCUGCAUCCCCGGUGCUGCAGCUGGAGGUUAAACCCCAGUGAGACCGAAGGAGGAGGUUGUGAAGCUGCUCAGUUUGCAUUAAGCAUCAUUCCUGAGAAGAGAUUCCCUAUGAUUUCCAUUUUGGAGUGUUUUUGUUGUCGCUGAAGCACUUUUUGUUGUUUGGUUUACUUUGAGUUUAACUGUAGUUGUAAGCAGACAGACUUUACAUACUGUCUCAGGUUCUGCAGCUCACCUGGACCUUGCAGUGCUUUUGGUGUUCAUGUGAGUUCAUUCCAGGUUGCACAUGUUUUAACCACUGCAACAGUCUGUUAAGGCCGUGUCACACAGCCACUAUGUACAUUUAGUGCAUCUAGCACAGAUGAAAAUUUGUCAUACGUGGAAAAAGUGAGGAAAGGUCUUUACGUGAAAUUUUCACAGAUGUAUCAUGAACGUUAAAAUCAUAAAAGUACGAAUAAACGACACAAGGAACACGUAAAUCCACAUAGAACAGGAACUGUGUGUGAUUAUUAUGCUGUUUAAAUGCAUUUAAUUAGUGAUUAGAGGCCAGUUACGUAAUUAAGUUCGCCGUAUACGAGAUAAAAAAGUUGUACAUUGGUGGAACAUGUGUGAAAAGUCUGUUAGACAUACGUGGAACGGUCGUGGGAAGACAAACAUUUGCAUAUGCAAAAAUUACAAAGAACUGUGUAAGAUUUUUGUAAUGAUAAGGUAUAAACUACAAAAGCUGUGAUUAAACUCCUUAUUUCUUAACCGACUAAAAAGUUUGAACAGCUCAAAACCAAACUCGUGUAAAUUCCUGUGGGCUGAAACCCUCAACGGACAUCGGCACACAUCAACGAAUGAUUAACGCAAGAAACACUUCUGGAUUAUCAGGCAUGGAUCAUGUGUGUAAAAUGUGCAAAAUGUACGUGUGACACGGCCUUAAGUGAACGGGCAUUUUGCACUAAUUUAAAUGUAAUAAAUUCUUUUUCAUAUGGAUGCACAAUAAUAUUCACACUAUUGUUAUUGGCAGAUAACUGGCAGGAAAUAAAAGUAUACGCAUUGUAGAAUUUGAACGUAUCUUUCAACGCAGUGUAAUGAUUGUAAACUACCAGUAUGUUUUUGACUAAAACUUUUUUAAUAUUGUGCAUCUUUACCUUUUAUUUUCAUCCAGUCUGUUUUGUGUUUGUGAGUUUUUCUUCCUCUGAGAAAAACAGACGGACACCAUGGACGGGAAGUUUCUGAUCAUUUUUCUGUGUAGAACCACUGUCAUUUACAGUUGUAUUGUUUGUGCAGAAACGCAAAUGUUUUAUUUUGAUUUUAGUUUAUUUGCUUUAAUUUUUUAAGAGAAUAUUUUUGUAUCCAAAUUUCCUGUUUUAUUCAUCUGUAUUGUUCAAUGGUUGGGUUUGUUGGUUUUGAAGCGGCAGAUUCUAGGAUUUAAACAUGUUUUCUAUGUUUGCUCAUUUUAAAUAAAUAUCAAAUAGGAAGCAGAUUAUUUAAUGGACAGUCUAACAGACUGAUUACUCAGCAGUAUUCGGUCCUGAUGCGUUUGGGAAAAAGAACUUCACGAUGACUCAGAAAAACGGGAACAUCUGGAAUGAGACAAGUAGACUUUUUGUUUGUGCCUUCUAAUUGUUUAAAUAAAGUUCCUUUAGGGUUGUAAAUGAUACAAACAAAAGAUGUGUUUUUGCAUUUCUGUAUUCCAGCUGUAAACAGUUGAGCGUGUGGGUCAAUGGAAUUACCAGUA